CCUGAUUUCAAAAAUUUAUGCAAGCAUCUCCAACAGAUUACAGGUUAGUUUAAAACUUUUUCGUAACAACUGUUUCGAUUUCUUUUGUUUGACAGGUACUGAUAGAGGUUUAUUUGCAGGAUUUCGCGCCUGUAAAUGUUUAAAUAAUUCCUACCGAUUGAAUUUGUUUGGGGUUUGCUCACCAUGCGGAACAUUCGGACUAAAAUGUCAGGAUGAGUUUGCGAAUCUUUCAGUUGGCUAUUGGUGGCACUGGAAAGAUAAGACACACUUAGAACUGUACAGAAACUUCAGUAAAAACGUAAAGAAUUUCUCCUUUACUCCUGAAUUACACAAAGGAAAUGACUCCGGCAUUGGAUACCCGUACACACUUCCUCAACCGCACAGAUGUCUCAUGGCAGAUGUUUGUAAGGGAGGUUUGAAUUCUUCAUGUGAGGCUGGUUAUAAAGGACCAUUAUGUGCAGUUUGUAGUGAUGGAUAUUAUAAACAACUGACGAAAUGUAAGCUGUGCCCAACAAAAAAAUGGAUGAUCGGACAGUGUGCAAUUAUUGGGGCAUUAGUUAUGAUACUGGUUAUACUUGUGGUGUGGAGAAGCAAGAAAAAGUGCAAAAAGGACGCUGGACGAUCCUUCCUUGACGAGGUCCUCGGAAGGAUUAAAGUUAUUAUUGGCUUUUAUCAGGUGACGUUUGGUAUCAUGGAGGCGUUUUCAUACAUAAAAUGGCCUGAAAGUCUUAAUGUUAUCGGACAGUUUUCCCAGGUAAUGCAGAUAAACAUCCUUCAGAUAGCUCCCCCCCACUGCAUCCUUCCUGGCUUGGGAGUCGACGCAUUGGGAAGUUUGCUUGCAACUAUGGGGUUGAACAUUGCAGCAGUCAUCAUCGCCCUUACUGGCCUUGCCCUUGCCUCCUGGACAUCGACACGACAUAUGUUGAAUGAAGAGGAAAAAAUGAAGAAAAAAGAACGUGUUAAAGGGGUCGUAAAGAGAAGUCUGUUUUUCUUUCUUUACGUGACCUAUCUGAACACUUGCCUAAAAACUGUUCAAGUCUUGCCUCUUACCUGCCACAAAAUCUGCGUUGACCAAAAAGAUGAAAGCUGCGUGGAGUACCUAAAGGCCGACUACAGCAUUGACUGCAAAGGAGAGAGGUACAAACGAUUAGUCAUCGUGGGAUACUGUUCCAUUGUGUAUGUGAUUUUUCUGCCUGCUGCCGCUUUUAUAGCAAUUUGGAAACGACAGAGAGCGGCGAGGAAAGCUGAGGACGAAACAACAGACGACACGAAUGAUUUUAAAGGCCAAGGCACCAUGGAAACGGGAUUGCGAUUCUUACACGAAAGCUACACCUCUCGUUGUUGGUAUUGGGAACUGGUAGAGACAUGUCGAAAGGUUAUUUUGACAUCCGGAUUGAUCCUUUUGGAUAGCGAGAGCAGAGGUUACAUUGGGCUAGCAUUGCUUUCGUCAGGAUUCUAUGGGAUAUAUUUCGCGCUAAAAAGGCCAAUAAAUGAUCCAUUCGAAAACAAGCUUAUGCUGUCUUCACUUGCCGUUACGUUCGUAAACCUUGCAAUAGGAGCCGUGAGCACAAUUCCGAGUGAGGGUUUUGGGACAUCAGUCGACCCAAUAGUAGAUAAUCUAUUGUUCAAUGGCUUGGUCAUUGUUGCCAACUGCUUGGUUAUUGGACUCCUUGUCUGUAAGUUAAUACUAUCAUGCAUUCUAUUGGUCUGUCACAAAUCCUCUUACAUUUUACUGCUGGGUUCAUACCUUAACUGGGGCACAAUGAUUUGCUUGGUGAAAGUUCAUGCAAUGAAAGAUACAUAGAUAACUUCAUAAUUAAAUGAGUGCUCACGAUUCAGUGCUCACGAUUCUUAAUCAAGAGUCAGUGUACAGCGAACCAUAACAAGAAAGUUAUUUGUUUAUUAAAUGAGUAAGAAGAUAUAAUGAAAGUUAUUUAUACUUUUUUGACUUUCAAUCAAAACCAAAUCAAAGAGGACGGAACGGUCUUCUUAAAUCAGGCCUCUAUGCUCUGCGAUUUACUGGCAAGUGCGGGGAUAACUCAAUACGAGGUUACAGGAGGUUGCCAUUUUUAUGUUUAAAAUCAAGAAUAAAUUAUUACCGACAAAUAGAUUGGAGCUCUUUCCUCGUUCACAGGCAGAAUAUCAUAUACACCAAGAGAAAGAACGUUUACGUACGGAAAACACUGACUUAGGUCUUAUGGUGGAAGUUCAGUAUAAGCGAUAGAAAUGAGAUAUCCCGAAAGAAAAUCAAAGAAAGUAUAAGGAAAAGGACUAGGAAGAGGGGGGGCUUAAAUCAAGGGAAAACAUUGUUGUUGUUUGGCUUCUUGAGAUAACCAGGAAGGUGGUUACCGAACCUUUAAGCUACACUUGCUGUCUUGAGCGCUUGACCGGUGUUUCGGCUUGUUACAAGACUACUGAAAAGCGGUAUUCUUACAGAAAAAAGGUUCGAAAACAGGUCUUCAGGUCUUUCCUCUGUUGAACCUAUAAAGGCCACGUUAUAAUGUGAAAGAGUUUGUAAUUUAUUUCAGUGCAGUAUCUGGCGUAUAUUUACCACUACGUAAAAGAAUGGCGCAAGGAUCCAAAGUGGUCAUUUUCCUGCUGCCUGGCCUUGCUAUUGCCCCUUAAUCAACUACAAGGAGAAAUACGUGGAUUAGCUGAGAGGAACGUACUGAAUCAGCAGCUACAAACUGGUAAAAUGGAGAUGCCAUCGAUUGCUAGCACUUUAAGGGACAGUGGGGCAGUUGAUAUUACUCUUGAAGAGCACAAUGCAGAACGCGAACAAGAAGAAGAAACAGAAAACGAGUUAAGUAUGAUUGAAAAGGGCGUUCUUACACUCGCUAAAGUAAGUGUUCAUGAGCUUCCAAGGGGAACUUAUGCUCUUGAAGAGCACAAUGCAGAACGCGAACAAGAAGAAGAAACAGAAAACGAGAUAAGUAUGGUUGAAAAGGGCGUUCGUACAAUCGCUAACGUAAGUAUUCAUGAGCUUCCAAGGGGAACUUAUGCUCUUGAGGAGCUCAAUGCAGAACGCGAACAAGGAGAAGAAACAGAAAACGAGAUAAGUAUGAUUGAAAAGGGCGUUCUUACACUCGCUAACGUAAGUGUUCAUGAGCUUCCAAGGGGAACUUAUGCUCUUGAAGAGCUCAAUGCGGAACGCGAACAAGAAGAAGAAACAGAAAACGAGGUAAGUAUGAUUGAAAAGGGCGUUCGUACACCCGCUAACAUAAGUGUUCAUGAGCUUCCAAGGGGAGCUUAUGACACCAAACUCUAA